AUGCCAGUGGCUCCCAACGGGUCUAUCGUCCACAAAAGUGAGAGGGAAUAUCACCCGUAUCAUCAGUACGGGGACGUACUGUUCGUUUCGAAUCAAGGUAUGUAUUUCAGAACGGAUGGAAGGAGACUUGCAAACGAGAGUACGGUGUUCCGAGAUAUGUUACAAGUUCCGCAACCGGGGGUCAAAUCGGAGGAAAAGGCAAUCUCAUUAGACGUGACUUCCAGGGUGUUGGACAUCUUCUUAACUCAUGUAUCACCAAACCACUUCAUGCUCGCUACGACACUCGAGGAGACUCACUCGUUGCUCAGUCUAUGCGACAAAUUUGAUUGUUCCGAACGACUAACUGAUCUGUUGAAAGGCAGAUUGAUGGAUCAAUCUGAGACGAUCCCCUGGAGGACACUUGUGAUCGCUUCCAAUACGGAUGAUCGUAAGUUAGGUGCGGAAGCUUUGAGAUCGAUGGAUAGGGAUACCUUCCUGAGAGGUGAGGGCAAUGAUAUCUACUAUUCAUCAAACCUGAAGGAUAGUAUGAAUAGAUUAAGACCCGAUUGGAGAGGUAAGAUAUGGGAUUUAGUACUGGAGGACAACACCACGAACGCGACUGUUACAAGGAUGGUACCUCGCAAGUGGAAGAGCAGAAGGAGAAUUUGGCAUACCGAUUAUCAUGCUGAAGUCACAAAGGAGAGAGUGUUGCCGUUUAGAGAUGAUUGGAAUGAUAUUGCGAAUAGGUUUCAGCAAGAUGAUUGGUGA